CAUAUGUUUCAAAAUAUACUUCACACUAUUUUGAUAUUUUCUCAUUCUUCCAAAAUAAACUUCAUACAUCUCUAAAUUAAGAAACAAAAGGUGUUAAAUUAUUCAAAAGUUUUCUCUUCUCAACAAAUUGUAAUCGUAUCUUCUGCAAUAUUUUUUUAUAUUUUUCAUUAAGUAUCUUUGGGAACGUGUGUAGUACUCUGUAUAUAAUAUUUUUCUGCAGAUGCAGGUUGAAGUCCAAAGUUGGCCUUAUAUGUUUCCAAGAUCAGAUGACUACUUAUUGGCCAAUCAACGUGGAAAUGUCACUGGCAAACUAUUAAUUAGUGACAAGUACAUAUUUAAUGACCCUAUUCCCGCCAAUGGUGCACAUGUUGGACUCGCUCCAAAGGGAAAUGUUGUUGGAUCCUGGCAAAGAGAAUGCAAGGACUAUCAGUUUUGGACCACUACUGAUGAAGAUGGCUACUUUUCCAUCAACCACAUAUGCCCCGGGAACUACAAUAUUCAUGCUUGGGUCCCUGGAUUUGUGGGAAAUUAUUGGAACGAAGCUGACAUAACCGUAACUUCGGGCUUUGUUAUGGAUAUGGGUGAAAUGGUAUUUGAGCCUCCAAGAGAUGGACCCACAUUGUGGGAGAUAGGCAUUCCCGACCGUAGUGCUGCUGAAUUCUAUGUUCCUGAUCCAAACCCUAAAUAUAUCAACAAGCUUUAUCUUAAUCAUCCCGAUAGAUUUAGGCAGUAUGGACUUUGGGAAAGAUACUCAGAGUUAUAUCCAAAUGAAGACUUAGUUUACACAGUGGGUGAGAGCGAUUAUGCGAAAGAUUGGUUUUAUGCUCAAGUCACAAGGAAAAAGGAGGACAACACUUAUCAAGGAACUACAUGGAAAAUUAAGUUUAAACUUGAUAGUAUCCAUCUCGAUGGCAUCUACAAAUUACGUGUGGCAAUUGCAUCUUCUACUUAUGCUGAGCUACAGAUAAGAGUUAACAAUCCAAACACCAAUCAACAACCACUAUUUAGCAGUGGGUUAAUAGGGAAGGAUAACUCAAUUGCUAGGCAUGGAAUACAUGGGCUAUACUGGCUAUUCAAUGUGGAUAUAAAGGGAAGUUCACUUGUUGCGGGAGAUUAUUAUAAUACCAUUUACUUGACUCAACCAAGGAAUCAGAGUCCAUUCUAUGGAAUCAUGUACGACUAUAUUCGUUUUGAAGCUCCUCCCACAAAUCCUUACAUGAUGGAUAUCCAAACCACUAAAUGUGACAAAAUGAACAAAGAUCCGAAAUAUUUGGAUGAUACUAGAUGAUGGACUAAUUAAGUGAUCGAUAUUCCUAAAAAAUAGUGACAUGUGUAGAUGAACAUUAUUUUCAGUUGUAACCUGAUCCUUUCGUCCAUCCAUAUAUAUUUUUGUUACAUUUUUAAUGUUUAUAUCAAUAUACCACUCUAUAUAUGUAAAAUAAAAGUAAACGUUGGUU